AUGGGGCUAUCUCAUAACGCCCAUCAUCGGGGGUUCGCUCACCGACCGAUACGGCGGCCGCUUCGUGCUGGCAGCAGGGCUAUCCCAUCACGCCCGUCAUCUCAACCCCAUCUUCUCCCCCUUCCCCCUCCUUCCCAACUAUGCCCUCCUUCCCCUCCAACUCCUUCUCCCAUCCCCCCCCAGUCCUCGUUCCUAUGGGGCUAUCUCAUCACGCCCAUCAUCGGGGGGUCGCUCGCCGACCGUUACGGCGGCCGGCCCGUGCUGGCAGCAGGGCUGGCGCUCUGGUCGCUCGCUACACUGCUCACGCCCACUGCUGCAGCGCACUCCCUGGGUGCUCUGCUAACUGUGCGCGCUGUCAUGGGUUUGGGCGAAGGCGUCGCCCUACCCUGCAUGAACCACAUGGUGUCACGCUACGUGCAAGAGAGCAGGAGAGCGUGGGCGGUGGGGAUGUGCUUCGCGGGGUUCCACGUGGGAAGCAUGGUGGGGCUGCUGCUCACACCACCCGCUCGCUUGCCCCUCUUCCCUGUCCCCCGUCUUCCAUCCUCCAACCCCAGCUAUGUGCCAGAGCAGAGGCGGGCGUGGGCGGUGGGGAUGUGCUUCGCGGGCUUCCACGUGGGCAGCAUGGUGGGGCUGCUCUCUGCGCCUUCCCUCAUGGCACUACCAGGUCUGGGCGUGACGGGCCCCUUCCUGCUCUUCGGCGCGCUGGGCCUGCUCUGGCUCGCCCUCUGGCUUCUCCUCGUGCCUGGAGACGCCUCUGCUGUGCCCAUUGCUUCUGCUGCCUCUGGUGCUGAUAGUGGCGGGCAGCUGGAAGGGAAGCACAAUACGCAGAGUGGGCCGCGUGUGACGGUGUGGCAGCUGCUGUCGCACCCGGCUUCAUGGGCCAUCAUCAUCGCCAACACUGUCAAUAACUGGGUGAGAAGGGUCGCUCACAGCGUUGUCCGAACUUCACCACCACAGCCACCACCAACAUCAUGA